CUCCUCUUCGCCGGCCGGGAGGCGAGCCGAUCGAUGCCGAGCUGCACCGCGUCCACCAUGCCGGGCAUGAUCUGCAAGAACCCGGACCUCGAGUUCGACUCGCUGCAGCCCUGCUUCUACCCGGACGAGGAUGACUUCUACUUCGGCGGCCCGGACUCGACCCCCCCCGGGGAGGACAUCUGGAAGAAGUUCGAGCUGCUGCCCACGCCCCCGCUGUCGCCCAGCCGCGCCUUCCCGGAGCACAGCCCGGAGCCCCCGAACUGGGCCACCGAGAUGCUGCUGCCCGAGGCCGACCUGUGGGGCAACCCGGCCGAGGAGGACGCGUUCGGCCUGGGGGGCCUGGGCGGCCUCACCCCCCACCCGGUCAUCCUCCAGGACUGCAUGUGGAGCGGCUUCUCGGCCCGGGAGAAGCUGGAGCGCGCCGUGAGCGAGAAGCUGCAGCACGGCCGGCCGUCGGCGGGGUCCGCCGCCCCGGGCCCGGGGGCGGGCGCCGCCAACCCCGCCGGCCGCGGGCACGCCGCGGGGACGGGCCGCGCCGGGGCCGGCCUGCCCUCCGAGCUCGCCCACCCGGCCGCCGAGUGCGUGGAUCCCGCCGUGGUCUUCCCCUUCCCGGUGAACAAGCGCGAGCCCGCGCCCGCCCCCCAGGCCGGUGCUCCGGCGGCGGGCCCCGCGGCCGCUCCGGGGGCGGGCGCCGCGGCCCCAGCCGGCGCCUCGGUGGCCUCUCUCGCGCGCCCCGGCGGCCGCCCCGCCAGCGGCGGGGACCACAAGGCUCUCAGCACCUCCGGCGAGGACACUCUGAGCGACUCAGAUGAUGAAGACGACGAGGAGGAAGACGAGGAGGAGGAGAUCGACGUGGUGACGGUGGAGAAGCGGCGGUCCUCCGCCAACAGCAAGGCCGUCACCACCUUCACCAUCACCGUGCGCCCCAAGAGCGCGGCCCUGGGCCCGGGGAGAGCCCACCCGGGGGACCUGAUCCUCAAACGCUGCGUCCCCAUCCACCAGCAGCACAACUACGCGGCGCCCUCGCCCUACGUGGAGAUCGAGGAGGCGCCGCCCCAGAAGAAGAUCAAGAGCGAGGCGUCCCCGCGGCCCCUCAAGAGCGUCAUCCCCCCGAAGGCCAAGAGCCUGAGCCCCCGCAACUCCGACUCGGAGGACAGCGAGCGCCGCCGCAACCACAACAUCUUGGAGCGCCAGCGCCGCAACGACCUGCGCUCCAGCUUCCUCACGCUCAGGGACCACGUGCCAGAGCUGGUGAAGAACGAGAAGGCCGCCAAGGUGGUCAUUUUGAAAAAGGCCACCGAGUACGUGCACGCCCUGCAGGCCGAGGAGCACCAGCUGCUGCUGGAGAAGGAGAAGCUGCAGGCCCGGCAGCAGCAGCUGCUGAAGAAGAUCGAACACGCUCGGACUUGCUAAACGGUUCUCCAAACGGGACAGUCACUGCCACUUUGCACAUUUUGAUUUUUGUGUUUUUUUUUUUUUUUUUUUUACAUUGUUGACAUUAAGAAUGUUGGUUUACUUUCAAAUCGGUUCCCUCCUUGCCCCCCCCGUCGAGUUUGGAUCUGGGUGGGGAGCAGCAGGACAUGUGUGUGGGGGGGCGGUUCUGCCAGGACCUCCUGCGAGAGGGCCUGGGUGAUGGGAUGCUGUGUGGCCCUUGACGUUUCCUCCGAGUCACCUCCAAGACAGCCGUGGGAGUGCGUGACAGUGGGGAGCCUCUGGGGCUGUGGAAGUCACCUUGUUCCAAGUUUCCAAACAUCAGAAAGUCAUUCCUUUUAAAAUGGUGCUUACGUUCCAGCAGAUGCCACGGGAGGGGGUUGCCAGUUGAGACCCCCCCGGAGAACACUUCUGUAAAUACCACUGACACACCCGCCUUUUGUAUGCGUCCCGGGUAAUGAGAGGUGGCUUUUGUGGCCAGUAUUAGACUGGAAGUUCAUACCUAAGUACUGUAAUACCUCAAUGUUUGAGGAGCAUGUUUUGUAUACAAAUAUAUUGUUAAUCUCUGUUAUGUACUGUACUAAUUCUUACACUGCCUGUAUACUUUAGUAUGAUGCUGAUACAUAACUAAAUUUGAUACUUAUAUUUUCGUAUGAAAAUGAGUUGUGAAAGUUUUGAGUAGAUAUUACUUUAUCACUUUUUGAACUAAGAAACUUUUGUAAAGAAAUUUACUAUAUAUAUAUGCCUUUUUCCUAGCCUGUUUCUUCCUGUUAAUGUAUUUGUUGUUUGGUGCAUAGAACUGGGUAAAUGCAAAGUUCUGUGUUUAAUUUCUUUCAAAAUGUAUAUAUUUAGUGCUGCAUCUUAUAGCACUUUGAAAUACCUCAUGUUUAUGAAA